GGUGUCUGUUGAUUGGCCGUGAACAUUUGUUUUCGAGGUGAUUGUGUUCUGUGACAAGAUAUAUACAACCAUAACAAGAUGAAUCUUUUUGUUUUGCCUUUAUUUUGUUUACUUCUAGUCAACGUAGUUUUAGCACACAAUAAAAUCUCAAGAGUGAGGUUAGAGAGUUGUCCAGGAUGUUCCCUGAACCGCCUACACGAAGUUAAACAAUUCUUCUAUGAAGAUGUACCAAAGUAUGAAAAUGUCGAGUGGAAAAGAAUUGGUGGUGCUCCACCAGAGGCAAUAUUUUUAGAUGAAAACGAUGAGGAAGUUGAACGUCACAUGUUAAAAGAUAAAAGCAGGGAAGAAUGCAAUACACUCCUUACUAGCAGGGGUUUUAUUAUGAAUGAAGAUAAGGAACUUUAGGUGUUGUAAAAAUAUUCAGAAUUUAAAUCAUUUAAUUUAUUCAGCUAAAUAUUCACAAUAAUAUAUAUACAAUUCAAGAUACAAAAUUAUAUCGAUAUUUUAAACAGGUACCUUGAAUAAAAUUUGAUAAUAAUUAUAGUCUGUAAUUUACUUGGUACCUACUUAGCAUUUAAUUAAAAUUAAAUAUAUAUUAUAUUUUUAAAUUAUUUAAUAGAUAAAAUGUAAAAGUAUGGAACUAUAUAAAUAGUACCUAUACAUUGAUGUUGGUUGAG